GCCAAAAUAAGAUAAAGAUAAAACACAUGUAUUUUCAGUCUUAUAACAAAUAUAUACAAUAGUUAAAAAUAAUUAUUAUACAAUUGGCUGGAGGACAUUAGAAAAAAGUUACAUGGACUAUCUAAGCCUAAUAUCCUUGGGUCCAAGAUGUAAAGAAUGAUUACUUGAUUUAUUAUGGGCACACAAAGAAGCUGCAUUCUCUUAUGAAUAUAUAUCGUAAAUAGGAAGGAAGCUUGAGUAGAUUUGAUGAAAAGUGUAAAAAUGGUAAAGACAUGUUAAAUUAAGGCAUAUGGUGUAUGUAUACAGUGUUGUAAAAAUAAAGCAUAUGCAAAAAUGGUUGCACAAGAGCCGGUUAAGGCAGCCAUAUGGCAUGCAUUGAAUGCCUACUGCUUUACUGAUGCGAUAUUUCUUGCUGAGCGCUUGUAUGCUGAAGUUCGUAAUGAAGAAGUGCUUCAUUUGCUGGCAACAUGCUACCACAGAGCAGGACAUACGAGUCGUACUUACAAUCUGUUGAAGAAGCAUUCUCAUAUAAACAUCAACAAUAAGUUUUUGUUUGCAACAUCUUGCUACAUUCUGAAUAAACUGUCGGAGGCUGAAGUUAUUCUAGUGGGAAAUAAAAAUACAACAACAGUCCAUUCUGUUGCAACUAUAAAAUCUGAUUAUGGACCAAUCGCAGGAGUCACAUUACAGUUGCUUGGGAAUGUCUACAGAAAAUCUGGACAAACUUCAAAAGCUGUGGAAUGCUAUAAACAAAGUUUAAAAUGCAAUCCUUUUUUGUGGAGUUCAUUUGAACAUUUGUGUCAAAUUGGAGAAAAAAUUGAUCCACUUGACUACUUCAAGACAUCAAGUUCAUCAAAAAUACCACAGCAACAGCAACCAUAUCCUUAUUUUUUCUCUGCUCCUCGGCCAGAACUCUCUUCCCUUGGAUCCAUCAGCAGUUACGACCGAUCAUCUUCUGAGAACAUGGAUCCUGCAAAGCAUGCACCACUAUUAACGUCGACAGUGAUCAGCAAACCACAACAAGACCUAUCUUCAACUAAUGGGUCUCGAAAUUCAUUAGAUAUCGAUAUGCCACCUCCACCACCAGUUACCAGAACAAAUCGUGGUGUUGGUAAGGCCAGACAGAGAAUUCUAGGUACACAGGCAUCAGAUAGUCCACUAACACCGAGUUUUGGAUUACUUCCUGUCGAUUCUCCUGUUGCAGAUCUAGGUAGCUCCCCCAUGUUCAUCACGCCACCAGUUUCUAAUCUUGCAACAGUACCUAUGAAAGCACCUGUGAAAAUACCAACUAGGAAGACUGGAAUUAAAAAAUCAGAAAAUACGCUUACAAGGCAAUCAUCUUACAGUCUCUCUGGAAUACACAGUACUUCUCCUGCAUUAAACCGACAAUCACCUGCUAGUGAUGUGAAAGAUACAAGUUUUACUGGCUUAAGGAGAAGCAGUCGACUUUUUGGCACCAACACUUCCACAUUAAGGGAUGUAAAGAAAACUCCAAAAGUUCAUUUUGCUCUGAAUGGAAAAUCUCCAACCAGCACAGGCAGAAAAACGAAGUCUCGAAUCAAUAGAAGCAGUAUCAGUACACAUCCUUUAACGCCUACCACACAGAAUAUAAUCCAAACAACAACGCAACAAAAACAAGAAAGUACUGAUGAUCUACUAGAAAAAGAUGCGAAACCUUCGAUAUUGCUAUCGCCAAUACAACAAAGCGCUGACGGUCUCAUGACUUUGUUAAAAGACAUUGGUAAAGCAUACCAUUUGUUGAGCACUUAUAAUUGUCAGAAAGCCAUCGAGGUGUUUGAAAGUCUUCCUCUGCAUCAAAUGUCUACGUGUUGGGUGUUGGAGAAAAUGGCGAUUGCGUAUUUUGAAACUGGAGAUAUGGCUUUAGCAGAAAAAGCGUUUGAGAAAGUGAGAGAGUUAGACGCGUAUAACAUGAGUGAAGGUCUUGCAAUUUACUCCUCUUUACUCUGGCUCGCUCGCAAAGAGAGCCUGCUAUCUUCAUUAGCGCAAGAUCUUGUGGAUCAUAACAAAGAGUCGCCAGUGGCAUGGUGUGCGAUGGCGAAUUGCUUCAGUUUACAGAAGGAACAUGAUUUAGCGAUCAAAUUUCUUGAAAGAGCUAUUCAAUUGGAUCCUGAGUUUACGUACGCCUACUCUCUGCUUGGGCAUGAGUAUGUGUACACAGAAGAGUUAGAUCGCGCUUUGUCUUGUUUCCGAGCUGCUUUACGUUAUAACGAAAGACAUUACAAUGCAUGGUAUGGUAUCGGGAUGAUUCAUUACAAGCAAGAGAAGUACACUUUAGCAGAAUAUCAUUACCGUCGUGCGUUAAAGAUCAAUCCCAAUCACUCUGUCUUACUCUGUCAUCUUGCAGUGACGCAACACGACUUGGGAAGAAUAGCGGAGGCUUUAGAAACUGUUUCUAAAGCAAGCGAAUUGGCUCCGAAGAAUGCUCUCUGUAGAUAUCACAAAGCCAGGUUUUUAGUGUCACUCGAUAAAACUAAGGAAGCGCUAGAAGAAUUAAACGAGUUAAAAAAGAUUGUUCCAAAAGAUUCAUUAGUAUAUUUUAUGAUUGGAAAGACGUAUCAAAAAAUGGACGAACCUCACUUGGCACAAAUGAACUUUUCUUGGGCAAUGAAUUUAGAUCCGCAAGGAACUAACACCAUGAUUAAAGAGGCAAUGAACCAACAACGUUAUGUGAGCGAUGAUUUCACGAAUUCGUUACACACAGCUGAGGAUACCAUUAUGUCAGACGUUGAAGAGAGUAGCUGAAGAUUUUUAUGACCUCCAUCUUUGUUACGAAAUGUUACGAUUGUGUCGCUUUGUAGUAACGUCGCUACUUUCGACUCGUAUUCCUGAAUAUUCAAUAUUAGCAGUUCUCGAUUUCUUUUUACGUCAACCGUUGUAUAUACUUAUUGUAUAUAACGAUAUAUUUCUUCUACAAAAUUAUUAGUUGUAAAAGGACUAGAAUCUAUUUUAUGUUAUCACGUCU